GGUGACUCAAACACAGGUGGCAGACAGACAUAGAGUAUGCGACAAAGGAACAUGCACUAAGGAGGAGGGUUAAGUGAAUUAACAGACGAAAGAGAAAAGUAACCUGCAGACACAGCAUUCAGUCACACUGAGAAUACAACAGGACACAGCCACACGCUCAAACAAUUCACCCACAGAAUCGCUGCCUGUAAAUAUGGAGCUUAACUCUGAUGAUACUCCACCAAGCUUAGACUUGAAAGAAAGAAAUUAUCCCAAAGAAGACAAUGAAAUUGACAGUCCAAAAGUCUGUCCUCAACCCAAAAUGCAAAACACCAGCGUGGCUGAAAAGGACCAGGAUGUGAAUUACAUUGUCCUAUCAGAUCCAGGUCUACUCAUUUGUCCUGUUGGGGAGCUGAUGGAUUCAGCAUCGGCACUUUCUCCCCCAUUACCCCCCAAAUGUUACAAGACGUCACCUGCAUUUGAGAAAACUUUAAGCCAGAGCCCACAACUAAAAGUCUUCAACAAAGAGAAUAAACCUUCGAAUUCGUUGGCAUGCUGGACGUCUCCUGCAUUGGGUGGAGUUAAAAUUAACAAUCAAUGCUUGGAUCUUAUCCAAGGGGAAGCACUGGACAUGCCAUUGCCUCCUCUAAGACCCUUUACUAAAUCACCUAUACAAACUCCAGAGCCAAAUAAAUUACAAAGGGCUGAGAGGAACAGACCGGAGCACGACAUAACUGAAAGAAAUGAAAAGACGAAAGAGAAUAAGGAAACAUCAGAACGUCAUCUGGAUGUUGGAAAGCCUCCGCGACAGAUCUUAGUCAUAUUUACAGACAAAUUUGGAGAGGACAAGGGGAAGGAAGAAGAUGAUCAUGGUAAUAUUGGGUCGACCUUUCCAACAAUGACAGAAAAUGUAUCCCCGUUAGGAAAGGAAUGCUCAGACCUUAUCCCAGAUGAAGAAACUAACAUGGGGGCAACCAACAGAGACUGUACGUCCACAGUUUCAGCAAAACCAGAACCAACGAUUCCAGUACAGCCCCCUCCAAAACCACCUCGAAAUCGUCCCCCAAAACCACCUGUCAAACCUCCACAGCUCUACAGUACCUUGAGGGCUGGAAUAGAAGCGGAAAAGGAGAGAAGACAGCUGGAGAAUGAACACUGGACAGACUUUGUGGACAAGGAAAGGGAUGAAUAUGAAGAAGAAAGAAUGGACAGCAGUAAGUUAAACAGAGAUCCCAAAGAUACCGAGUUUACCACUUCAGCCAUGACAGAAAUGCCCUCCCAUCUAGGACAAACACCAAUGGAGUCCAUCCUCAAAUUAUGUCUCCAGCUCCCUUGUUUGGACAGACCAACAUCUAUAAUCGCAGCUAAGAACCAAACUCCUGAUUGUCAGUCUCAGCACCCAAGAAAACAAUACCAGAACAAAGCAAAUGGGCAAGUCCGACCUGGUCUUCAAAGGGUGGCUCCAGCUUGGGUAAACCCUAUAGGGACAGACUCAACCACAGAGAGACUAAACUGGACAGAAAUCAGCAAAGAAAUCCAGAUAUCUGAUCAAGUGAUUUCUAAAUUGCCAUCAGGAUGCAAAGAGGCCGUGGUGUUGGGGACAAAGUUGGACCCUGGUCAGCGAGGGCUGCAGAGGUCAGAGGACACACAAGUAAUUGCUGGGACACUUCCAGAUGGAGAGCUGAAGCAAAGGACCAACACAAAAGGCAAAGUGAAAAAGCUUGCCAAGAAGAUGAUUGAUAGACUGAAAGAUGGAAGAGAAGAAAGAAGAAGACUCAAAAUAGAAGAGAUGGAAAUAAACAGAGUAAGAGAGGAUGAAAGGAGUUAUGGGGAGGAAGGAGAGAUAAAGGAUGAUGAUGAUGGGGAGGGUGAAGAUGCAGACCAACCAGCACUAACAGAGACACACGCUGAGCUGAUGGAGAGGAAGACUGAAAGACGAAAUGCAACAUCUGACAGUCCUUUCAGCUCCUUCAAAGUGUGCAGUCCAGUGAAGCUGGUGGAGGAGGUGCUGUCAGGAGACGACUGGUUCCAGUUUCUGAACAGAGACCAGAGCGCCACACCUGACCCCCCUGACUCACCUGAAACAGCAGAGCCCUGCGGAGACUUCCUGUUCACUCCAGAGGUGUGUGACGAAAACCCUGCUGUCCCAGAGGAGGAGCCUGUUUAUGAAGAUAUGCAUCGUUCAAAUAUAGAAGAGCAACAGGAGAUGAACAGGACCCCCAGUGCUGCCGUACCAACCACUCCGAUGAGUCCCAGGACCAAAGGCAUUUAUGAUACAGUGAUGUUUAUCCCGCCUGUGCAGCCUAAAGUCACACACAUCCAUUUUUCUGAUAUUAAGUCUCAGGUGCUUCUGGACAGUUCAGUUCAGAAAUAUCUCAUCAAGCUGAGCAAGAAGCGGAGACGCAGAGCAGCACGGGCACGACGUGGUGAUAAAAACCACGCAAACAUCAUCAGGCUAUCUCUCUCCUCCACCUCUCCACAACAAGUCUUCCCUGCCUCCGUCUUCUACUGCGUCCCAGCCUCAGGACGAGAGGCGGAGCAGCAGCCCCCCACAGUCAAGAGUGGAGGAAGCAGUCCCAGAAGUCUGGCAAAGAUAAAGUCGGCUCUGAAGGAUAAAACCAUCCUGAGAGCAGCACAGCCGAAGGAGGACCAAGGAACCUAGAGGAUGCUUCACUGUUUUAUAACAAUUAUUAAAACAAAGCUAUUUUUUUCCUGGUCUGAUCUCUGCUGCAAUACCACCACUAACUUUUUUUGUCAUACUAAUAAAUUUAAUUAUUCUUCAGCAUGUCAAAACAAAAGAAACAACGUUCAUCUAAGCGACCUACAUAAUAAUCAUUAAUAUUAAGUGAUGAAAUUAUUGGUAGCUGAUGAGAAAUAUGGCAUUACUUUAAGGUAGACAUGUAGAGUUGAAAAAACAUGUAGACAUCUCUCCCGGACAGAGCACGUGAGAGACAUUUUUUAAAAAUACCCGAAGACAUAUCUUUUUAACUUGGCUUUUAUUUAAUGGUGCCUCUGUUUCUAAGUAUUAUCUUUACUACUAAUAUAUUAUAUAUUAUUAUUUAACUUUUAUUU